CACCAAUUAGUGCCAUUCUUUUGAAGUAUGAAAGUUACAUUCCAUGAAAUUUCUUUGAAUGACGAAACAAAUAAAAGAAGUUGACUAAGUCCAGACCACACUCUUUUUAAGCAAAGCAGGAAGCUAAGUUAACUCCAGCAAUUUAUCCCGAAGAAAAAAUGAGUGUUGGAAAUCUGUCUAUGGACACAUUCAGAGAAGACGGCGAGUCCUUUGUUUCUAAUACUGAUGCAAUUAUCAACGGCACUUCUGAUAUUUCAGGUUUGACCUUAAGCUUGAUCUCAGAUCCCAAUAUUCCUAAUUCGUCUAAUUCGUCGACGAGUGCAGACGACCACCUGCAGCAGAUUUCGACGGCUGCAGGCGGUGGUGGUGAUAUGAUUGUGUCAGGUGCAACUUCCAGGAUAUAUAAUAGUAUUGAUUUCAGGGCAUUUUCUAGGAAUGUUAACGCUGCUUGCAAUAAUUACAGCGAUAAAGUGGCCGAGGAAGGAUCAGAGAGCAGUAACAGAAUGAGAUCUCGGGAUGGUCUUGAACUUUGUUUAGGUUUGAGUAUCGGCAGUGAGGCAGUGAACGAAGAACUACUUGUCAAAAUCUUAAUGGCUUGUGGCGAGGCAGUCCAACGAAACAACCUAAAUCUAGCUGAUGCAUUAGUCAGGCUCAUAAGAGAACAUGCAGUUUCACAAUUUGGACCAAUUAAAAAAGUGGCAACUUAUUUCGCUGAAGCUUUGGAUCAAAGGAUUCAUGGAAUGAAUUUAGAAGAUAUUAUGGAAUUCUCUUGUUACACGGACAACCUCAUGCAGAUGCGCUCCCAUGAGAUUCGUCCGUACCUCGAAUUCGCCUAUUCCACUGCCAAUCGAGCUAUUCUUGACGCCUUUGCCAAUUCUAGUAGAGUACAUAUAAUUGAUUUCAGCUUGAACCAAGGUCCGCAAUGGCUAGCACUUAUGCAGGAUUUCGCUUUACGUCCUGGCGGUCCACCGGCUUUUCGGCUCACUGGAAUUGGCUCACCACAGCCUGAUAACACCAAUGCCUUACGACAACUCGAGUGGAAGCUCGCCGAGUUUGCUGAUAUAUUUGGCGUAGAAUUUGAAUUCCGUGAAAUCGUGGUCCAUUCUUUAGCCGAUGUUGAUAUUGCCAUUUUGGAUAUUAGGCCUAGUAAUUACGAACAAGUGGCUGUGAACUCUAUUUUCGAGCUUCAACAUCUGUUGUAUACGCCAGGCGAAGUCGAGAAGGUACUCAAUUCAAUCAAAGAGAUGCAUCCGAAGAUUGUGACCAUAAUCGAAGAAGAAGCAAAUCGAAGUGUCUUUAUGGACAGGUUUAACGACGCAUGGUCUUACUAUUCAAAAAUGUUUGACUCGUUAGAGAACUCAGAGUCAAUUGAUCAGCACAACAGCGGUGACUCAAGGUUGGUGCAUGAGUGCCUAGGUCAGCAGAUCAAUAACAUGGUGGCUUGCGAAUUAGGAACUGAGCGAGUUGAGACGCUGAGUGAAUGGCGAGUGAAGAUGAACUCAGCCGGGUUCAACCCGGUUCAGCUAGGUCCAAGCACGUACCUACAAGCAACCAUGAUUUUGGCCUUGUUUCAAAAUAGGGAUGGAUAUCGGGUAGAACAAAAUGAUGGGUGUCUUACGUUGAGUUGGCAUGGUCGGCCACUCAUUUCCACCUCUGUUUGGCAGCUUAAUUACGCCGCCGAGUCUAGGCUAGUCAGUUAUGUAUGAACUCGUUAUUCUCUGUUUGAAUAACUUUUUAGAGGAAGAACGUAUUUCUUUGGCUAAUUUAAAAAGAUCCUUCAAUUUACCCUACUUCGCCCAGAGCCAAUAUAUGAUAUACAAGUACUCUUA